AUGCCACACAUCAUCUCUGAAGCUCAAGCAGGAUUAAUCCUAGGGAGGAAAAUAGCAGAUAACAUCAUACUAGCCCAUGAACUUGUCAAAGCAUACAACAGGAAAUAUAUAUCUCCUAAAUGCAUGUUAAAGGUGGACAUGAUGAAAGCUUAUGACUCAGUGGAAUGUGUGUACUUGGAAAAGCUUAUGGAAUACUUAGGCUUUCCUACAAAAUUCCUCCAAUGGGUGAAAACAUGUAUGUCAACAGUGAGCUACUCUAUCAUGAUCAAUGAAGAAUUGACAAAGCCUUUUAAUGCAACUAAAUGGCUUCGACAAAGUGAUCCCAUGUCACCAUUCUUGUUUGCAAUUACCAUGGAGUAUCUGAGCAUGAUGAUUAAGCAAAUAAAGGAGUACAAAUACCAUCCAAGAUGUAGCAAGUUGUACAUAACUCAUCUCAAUUUUACAGAUGAUCUACUCAUGUUUACCAGGGGUGACACUGGUUCUGUGCAAGCUCUGCACCACUGUUUAGGCAAUUCUUUGCUGCUUCUGAUUUACAAGCUAAUCUUACAAAGAGUGCUCUCUACUUUGGAGGAGUGGCAAAGUCAGAACAAAUGA